AACAACAAAUCCCCACAAAAGCCUAAAAAAUACUCUUCAAGAAAAUGGCAAAAUCUAGCUCUACCUUGAAGGAUAAAACCUUAAAUGGCCUAGGCAAUCUCAUAAGACUCCUCCCAACAGGAACAGUGUUCAUAUACCAAUUCCUAAACCCUAUUCUCACAAACAAUGGCCAUUGUACUAUCAUCAACAAGUACCUAUCAGGCAUCCUCAUUGCCCUUUGUGGCUUUUCUUGUGGAUUUUCUUGCUUCACUGAUAGUUACACCGAUAACGAUGGCUCCACCCGUUAUGGCAUAGCCACAAUGAAGGGGCUUUGGCCAACAUCUUCAUCCGUGGACACAAGUUCUUACAAAAUUAGCGUAGGUGACUUUGUGCAUGCAUUUUUUACCAUGGUUGUUUUUGGUGUUGUGACUAUUUUGGACCGGAAUACGGUGGAUUGCUUCUUUCCAGUGUUCGAAUCGACGCAAAAAAUGUUGAUUAUGGUGUUGCCACCGGCUGUGGCUGCAAUUUCUAGUGUUGUGUUUAUGGUGUUUCCUAAUAAACGUCAUGGUAUAGGGUACCCUCCAACCAGCCAAGAUAACUAAAAAGGAGUUAUCUUGAGUUAAAACAUAUUUUAUACUAAUGAUUUAAUUGAGUUGUGUUUUGAGAUUAUUUUUUUUUUGUUUUCACCCAAGUGAAUUAUUCUUUAAUUCGAUGGAAUAAGGUGUGUAUUAUGUAUAUGAUGUAAAUUACAAGAAAUGAAUAUUACAAGAUUUGAGAUUUUAAAUUUAUUAAUACUUUGUUGGUUAAACAAUGAGCUUGU